AUGAUCCGCAAAUUGGGCUCUCUUUUUCUUCUCCCGAUAGUCACGUUCGUUGUGAACCAUACGCCGUCCUUUGUGUGGGUCAUAGUCGACUUCUUUUUGGACAUAUGGCUUUUCUGGAUCCGCAAAAUGUAUUCCAUGUACAGACGCAAAGAUCGACUCAAAGAGGCGGUGAAACUGCUUUCCAGUGCCCAGAAUUACCACGAAUACAAGGGUAUUAUUACGGAAAUAGACCGCCUCACCAAUAUGGACUUGUGGCGCCAGAACUUUGUUUCUCAACACUACGACUACAUUCUUAUAAACGACAGAAUGGAAUUACUUCGCACCGCCAGAAACAACGACGACCUGCGUCUCGUGAUGUCCUUGUUGAGAUCUGGAAUGAUCCGGAACUUUGGCGGCAUUGCCCAGAAAAAACUCUACACAAAGUCGUAUUUGGGCACAAAGCUCAUGAUCCAGGAAUACAUUGGCGAGGUGCUUGAAUGUCUCAACUACCUCAAUGAUAGCAUGAAUUCCGAAGCCGAUGAUGACUACAUCAUGAACAGUAAACAAUUAAAAAUCAACUUUUUCCACGACGCGCGGCAGAGUUUCGGCUGCACAGCUCUCAUUCUCCAAGGUGGCUCGCUCUUUGGUUUGUGUCAUUUGGGUGUGGUUCGUGCUCUAUAUUUUAAGGGAAGUUUGCCUAGAGUGAUUGGAGGAAGUGCUAUAGGUGCCGCUGUUGCUUCCAUUGUGUGCUCAUUGACCGACAAAGAGCUCAUUCCAAUUCUUCUUAGCAUCACAGAUGUCAUGGGCGACGUAGAUCAGUUGAACCAUGAUGUGGACGAACGGUAUGGCAAUGUCAUUGAAAACGUGGUGCGUAAGGGAUAUUCGCAGGAGAUCCUUCUUUUCCUCAAAUUUGUCAGAGACACCAUUGGCGACUUGACAUUUGAGCAAGCGUAUCUCAAUACGCAAAGAAUUCUCAAUAUCGUGGUCCAUCCUACAAAUCUGGCUAUUCCUUCACUUCUCAAUUAUAUCACCGCUCCCAAUGUCAUUAUUUGGACGGCAAUUUAUGCUUCGAUAGGAACUGGUGUCUUAUCCGAUAAUGUUCAACUAUACAUGAAAGAUUUCAGCAACGAUAUUGUUCCAGUGGAACCAGACCUUGAUAUUACAUUCAUGAAACCACAGGACGUCAGAUACUCGCAGCGUUAUUUCAAAUCAAACAAAAACGGAAUGGGGGUCUACAGCUCCGAUCUGUCUUCCAAUAACCUGGACAACUCACCAUACACAAGGCUUACAGAAUUGUUCAACGUUAAUCAUUUUAUUACAAGCCUUGCACGGCCAUACCUCGCUCCAUUGAUUAACAAUGAUCUCAAGCACCAAAAUACAUAUGGUCAAGUAAAGAUGGAUGACGAGCCUCUGGAAAACUCAAAGGCGAAGAGUUUGCCCAAAGACUCCAGCUUCAAUUUCACCAAACAUUUGAAAAACGUUAUCGGUAUGGAAAUUCAGCAUAGACUCGAUGUCAUGAACAAACUAGGUAUUUUGCCGGAUGUGAUACAGAGGUUUUUCAUUGAUGAGAAACCUUCCAGCGUUCAAUUGACAUCCAGUCUACGCGAAAUCACGAUCGUUCCUGAAUUAAGGUAUCUCUUGAAGGAUUUUGGGAGAGUUUUUGACGUGCAUAAGACUUUGGAGAACAUCCCGUAUUGGGUUUUGGUUGGAGAAAGAUCGGUUUGGCCGCUCUUCCCUAUCCUUUGGUCAAGAUGUGCCAUCGAAUUUGCUCUAGAUGAUUUAUACAAUGUUCACAAGAAGAUUAGCCCUCUUCCAUAG